AGAAACGGUGACGCAUGAACAGAGGCUGUCCGAAAGUUUGGACAGCGCCUUGAACUCCGCACUUAGCACGAUGCCGUUCACCGCGAGUUUGGCUAAAGGCGGGCAACACGGGCACAGCAGCAGCAGCAGCAGCAGCAGCUCCAGCGAUGUCUGUGGGGCUGGCGGGGCUUACGAGCACGACGGGAACCCUGGCCCUCAGGGAUGCUCUUCCUGUUCCCGCGCCUUUUCUCCCUACUUCAAGACCGAGGCCGUCUACCAGCUCCCGUGCCGGCAUCUGGUGUGUCGCGCUUGUUUGGCUGACCAACCCAAAUCUCCCUCUGUCCUGUGCAUGAAUUGCAAGAGGCUGUUUGCCACCCACGACGUUUCGAGGGUCCACUUUUGA